AUGGCGUCAUCGGCAUCUCCUUCACCAAUCUCUGCUGGAAGCGACAAUUCCACCGACUGCUUUCAAGAUGUAGUUUCCCAACAGUUGAGCCUAGAUGCAACGGUGCAAGAUGCAACGCUGAUCCCGAGCGAAGCCCUGGAGUACAAGCCGCAGCAAUCAGAAAUACUGAAGGCAAGCCACCCUGCUGUUCCCUUCUUGUGGGAUUCGCCGUGCUGUGUUUUUCCCAACCCUCUAGGCCGUCCAGUACGUCUAAUAUUUGGUGACUUGGAUUUGCUACCUCAUGAGGUUGAAGGCCUAUUCGAGGUGCGACAGAAAGUGGAGGACGACGAGGAAUUGCGGGAAUCUCCCGUAUUUGCAGAUGAAAGAUACACGCUGCGCUUCCUCCAAGGAAAUGACUGGGAUGCUGUCCGUUGUAUAGCUGACAUGAAGCGGCACAUUCAGUGGCGCGCGAAGAACUUGCCCACACCUCGAGUGGCCGUAGAACAUUUAUUG